CUUAAAGAAAUUAUUUUGAAUAUUUUAACUUGGUAAGAAUUCGGUAGAUUCAUGAUAGAUUCUGAACUAGUCAGAUACAAAUAAAUAUAACUAUAUAUGUAGAUAUUUAUAUUCCUGUCCUGUUUUGAUUAUAGCAUUAUAUUUGCCACUGUAUCUUUUUGUUAUUGAGAAUGUCAUUACUAGUGAAAACUCAACAUAUUUUAUUUCAGAGGUAAUGUAGUUUUUUUUUAUAUAAAUUCUUUUGUUAGAAUGUUAGCAUUAGGCAGCUAUUAAUAAAGGAACUUAAAAUCUUUUGGGGCCAUUAAUAACAAAAAACUAAAAAAAGUUCUGAAAGUUUAUAUGGUUUAAAUGCUUUUAGAUUAUUAAACUAGAAAGAUUUGAAGAAAGGUUCUGUCAUGUGGUAUGAUUGGUAAAAGACUGACAUACAUAAAGCUCAUGGAAACAGAAUAAGGAAGUGAAAGUCGUAUCAUAAAGAAAAUGAUGAAACUGUUAUUGCAGCACUCUUCUGAGAAGUCCUAAUUUCUGCCUCACCGGAGGGUGUCACUGGUCAUAAAGGAGGCCCAUCCUUAAUACUAGAAUUUUUUUUUAAUUUCUUCAAAACACAAAGUAUAGUUACUGAUUUUAUACCUAAUUUUUUUGUAUUCGAGAGAUAUAUAUAAAUCUACUACUUUAGGAAGAAAGCUAAUAAUUAAAAAUUAAUAACAGUAAUAAUAAUUACCAUCUCUAUAGCUAGUAUUUAUUGUGUACUUACUCUCUACCUUUGUUCUAAGUCCUUUAUAUUUAUUCUCAUUUAAUUUGUACUAACAAUCUUAUGAAAGUAGGUACUGUUAGAAUUCUUCGUUGAUAGGUCUUAUAGCCUGUUGAAUGGCAGACCUGGAAUUUGAACCCAGGCAAUAUCUCUUCACAGCUCAAGCUCUUUAACCCUCUGCUUCACUGCCACCAGAUGUGAUUCUAAUGUUAAUAAUAAUGAUUUAGAUUUCACUUUUAUGACUUUAUAAUAUGAAAUUGCCUUAUCUUUCACAAUUUUAACUUCAAAUGUACUGCCUCCCCAACUUUCUGUUUAGUACCUUCUAGUAUUACAUAUAUAUAUUCCUUUCUCAAGGAAGAAGCCUUUCAUUUUAUAGUUGUACACUGUUUUACCAUAGAAUCUAACACCUAUGACAACGGAGCCAUGAGUGUAGUAGGAGUAAAAGGUUUCUUCUUGAAGCAUCUUAGAAAAGGACAAGGAGAGAUUAUUCUGAAUAGUGUAUCUCUUAUACUUCGCUUUCUCUAUCUUUUAUCCACAUUACCAGAUGUAGAGAUAUUAUAAUCAUAAUCCAAUAUAGCUUAUAUGUUAGCUUUGGAAUAUAUUUUAAAUUCCUAUAUACAUUUAGAUAUUUCUGACAUUUUAGAAUUUAUAAUAUAAUACAUUUCCUGGUUGUCAGGAAAUUGCUUAUUCUGUAUCCUCAACUAUUAAACUACAAGUAGACAAAAAGGGGUUCCUAAGUAUUUGGGGAAAAAAAUUACAAAGUUGAUGCAUUAAAUUCAUGCACCUUAAGGUGCAUUAUCAUAUCUUAUAUGAAAUUCUAAUGAAAUUUAUCUGGAUUUCCAGUCUAUAGCAGAUAAUGCUUCUAUAAUUGUAUUUCCAUGUUUUAGAAAUCCAAAGUGCUCCGAAAGCCAAAAGUUUUCUCUUAACCCAUGUAGUGUUAAAACAUGAUCUGAACUGAUAUAAGACUAUUGAUGGUCUUUAUUUACUCCCUUCUUACUGUGAAUAUACAUUUUUCUGCAGAAACAUUAACAUUUUCAUUAUGGGGUCCUGCCUCAGACCUCACUGACACACUGUAUAACAUAUCACAUGUGCAUUGUAGUCCCUUUCUAACAUCCAGAAUAUUCUGAAUUCUGAAAUAUAUCUGCCCUCAAGGAUUUUAAGUAAGGGAUCAUAUACCUGUAUAAUCAGGUACAGUGACUACAGUACAACUGAGGACUAGGAUAUAGAACUAGGAAGAUUAAUCCAGUAACUCAAGCAUAACAAAUGUGAGACCUUUGAGUGUGAAGCAGUAUUUGUAACUGGAAUAAUAUAUGGAUCCCUUUUAAAGAAAAUAAUUAUAUAUCCCAUUUUUAGAAUCACUGACUUUAGUUUCUGAAGUAAGUUUAUUUUUAAGUCUUUCGUUUUUUUCUUUAUAUUGUUAUUGAAAUGAAAACACAAAAUGAAAAUUUGCAAAACUUGUGGCCCCCAGAGUUUAUCCAUGGCAUACACUUAUUGAGAAACACUGAGAAAGUGGCAAAUAGUCCUAUAUACUUGAGUAAUCCCUCUAAGUAUUAUUCUUUACCAAAUCUUUGUUUAUAAUAGCCUGAAUCAUAGUUAAGGGGUUAAAAUACCUUUCCUAUAUUUAAAGUAUGAUUUUUUAAAGGGAUGAGAGGAAGUAACCUCUUGGAAAAAAACAUGUACACACAAUUUUUGAUUACCACCUUUCACCUCCAAGGAAAUGUCUUCUACCUACUGCCAGUUGGGAAUCACUGUCAUAACAAGCAACUCUUAGUGAUAGGAGUAAGUGAAAUUCCUCAAGUGUGUGGAGGCAGAAGAAACUUAAGAACCAGUGCUCUAAAAUACGGGAUAAUGUAAGUUAGAGAAGAACCAGUGCUCUAAAAUAUGGGAUAAUGUUCUUUAGAGAUAUUGCCAUCAGAAACUAAUGUAAACAUCCGUUUCCAGCGGCAUGGGGAACUAAGUACCUGGACUAGUCUUUCUGCUGAAAACAACCUAAAAUGCUGGACAAAAUGCAUCAGUGCUCUGGCACAAAAGUAAAGAAUAUUUAGACUGAACACUAAUUGGAAACCCAGUGAGAACUGUAAGAGUAAAUGGGUCCAAUAAUUGGAAUGACUCCAGAAAAGAGAGCUGAAACUCCAGGAGCUGAAAAGGUUGCAGGAUUAAGCCAGAUUUACAAAAUGGGAAGCUUGCCUGAAGCUGUUGAUGCUGCCAGGCCAAAGGCCACUCUAGUGAACAGUGAGUCAGCAGAUGAUGAACUCACAAACUUGAACUGGCUUCACGAAAGUACUAAUCUCCUAACCAACUUCAGCUUUGGAAGUGAGGGUCUUCCAAUUGUUAGUCCAUUGUAUGACAUAGAGGGAGAUGAUGUGCCAUCCUUAGGACCGUCGUGCUAUCAGAACCCAGAAAAAAAAUCAGCAACUUCAAAACCCCCAUACUCCUUUAGUCUUCUCAUUUACAUGGCUAUUGAACAGUCUCCAAAUAAAUGUUUGCCUGUCAAAGAAAUUUAUAGCUGGAUACUGAACCGCUUCCCAUAUUUUGCAACCGCACCAACAGGCUGGAAGAAUUCUGUUCGACAUAAUCUAUCCCUGAAUAAAUGUUUUCAGAAAGUGGAAAGAAGCCAUGGCAAGGUUAAUGGAAAAGGCUCCUUAUGGUGUAUUGAUCCAGAAUAUAAACCCAACCUUAUGCAAGCACUGAAGAAGCAACCUUUUCCCUCAAAAUCAACAUUUUACACCCCUCCUGCAUCACCACAAAGUGGUUCUUUAUCACCUCACUACUUAAGCUCUGUACUCAAGCAGAACCAGGUGCGAACUCUCAAAGAAUCUGAUAUUGACGCUGCCACUGCAAUGAUGCUUUUAAAUACUUCUAUAGAACAAGGAAUUUUGGAAUGUGAGAAGCCUCUUCCUCUUAAAACAGCAGUGCAAAAAAAAAGGAGUUAUAGCAAUGCAUUUAAUCAUUCCAGUGCUAUGCGAUUACACGAGAGUGAUUCUUUAGCCACCAGCAUUGAUCCAAAAGAAGACCACAAUUACAGUGCAAGUAGCAUGACAGCACAGCGUUGUGCAUCCAGGUCUAGUGUGUCUUCCCUGUCUUCUGUGGAUGAGGUAUAUGAAUUUAUCCCAAAGAGUAGCCAUGUAGGAAGUGAUGGCAGUGAAGGAUUUCACAGUGAAGAAGAUACAGACGUUGAUUAUGAAGAUGAUCCUCUUGGAGACAGUGGCUAUGCAUCACAGGCUUGUGCAGAUACCUCUGAAAAAGGGCAGCCAGACAAAAAGAUGCGAAAACAGUCGUGUCAAGAAAUUGAUGAGGAGCUCAAAGAGGCAGCUGGAUCUCUGCUCCACCUUGCUGGAAUUCGUACAUGUCUAGGUUCCCUAAUAAGUACUGCAAAGACACAAAAUCAAAAGCAGCGGAAAAAAUAGAAAUACUUAUUAGUGUGAAAUUAUUUUUAAAUGUGGCAAUACUCUUCUACUUAAUUCUUUACAAGGGAUAUCAAAGCCAUAAUGGACUUCUUUUGUUUCAGGGUGGGGGAGGGGUGCUAAUUACCUGUUUAUUUCUAAACAUUUUUGUUUUUUAAAUUUUUAUUAAAUAAUUGCUGUUAGGAUCAUGCCCAAUCAUAAAUAUGAUGUGAAGUCCUAAAAGCAUAAUUUCUGUGAUAAGUGUGAUAAGAUUUGGAAAUAUUAUGUAAAAAAAAUCCCCAGCCUCUGUCUUAAACUUGUAGGGAAAAUCUUUUAUUCUAUUAAUGUGUCCAAAUAUAUGAAUUGGCAACUCUGUAACAUAUUUUUUUCAUUUUCUCUUCCAAUCUGUAAUUAAUUAUAGUUGCUGAUCCAGCUAAAAAUUUUGCUGCUUUCUUUCUCACAUACUCCUCUCUUGACACAAUGCAAUCCAGUAGGAUGAGAUUUCAAUUUUUUAUUUUGUCUUAGUUUUUGUUUUUAAUUAUUUUUUGUUGACACGUGAACAAAGUUGAAUAUAAAUUGGAAAAGAUCCUAGAUGUCUAGAAAGUUCCUUUUGGAUACAUAGGCAGCACAGCAAAAAUUCUAAGAUUUAGAAAAGGCAAUUUUGUGAUGUAGUUUCAUUUAAGAACCCUGUAAUUCCUAUUACCAUAUUAUCUUUGAAAUUUUUUAACUUCCCAGAUAUUGCAUAGCAUUUAUUGGAGCCAUUUCUUCUUUCCCAAAGUGCUUUGCAACCAUUGUUUAAAUUUUAGCCACUAACUGUCUUUGUUGAGGAGAAACUAUCCAAUGAGAGGAUAUAGCCAUAGAGUGUAUUAGGAAGUUAACACCCAUUUUGGCACACUUCUGCAAUAAGAGCAUCUUUCAUUUGCUUGUUAAAUGUCCUGCAUUCUGAGAAUCUUGUAGUACGAAUGGAGUGUAAUCUAAUAUAAACAUUUUGAAUACGUAUUACUUAUGUUAUCAUAAAUAAAGGUAGAUCAUUUAGGAAAAAAAUUCUGCCCAAACUUUGUAUGAAUUAAAUUUGUAUGUGCACCCAGUUAAGGUAAAGGAUUUAACAAAACUAUAGAGACAAAAUGCCUUCGUGGAUUUCAAAAUUCGUAUAAAAUUAAAUCUCAUAUAAUACAUCCUUUUGAGGAGGCAGUAUAAUACCUAUUAUGUGCCAUUAAAUCCAUGCUAAAAGAUUUUGUUACUGUUCGAAAUGUGUAUUGACCAAGGCCUUUUUCAGUAUUUGAACAAAUCUGCUUGUAUGAUACAUUUUUUCAUAUCAUUUAUAUAAUGUGACUAUAUCAUUCAAAAGGAACAAGGGAUACUAAUAAAACUCAACUUAUUCACUAUAUAUUUUUUUACAACGGCAGAAGCAACUUUCCAAAAGUUCAGUCUUAUCUCAUGCUACAUCCUGUUUCAUGGACAAUGACCUUGUUUUCAUUUUCUGAUAAUUUCAUAUAUACAUAUACAUACAGACAUAUACGUACAUACACACAUAAGCUCACGAUUUUGGUUUGUUACUUUCAGCUACUUCUAUGACAAUAAAGCAUUUUCUUGGAUUUUUUUUAAAACAAAUAUUUUUAACUUGUAGAGUUUAUUUGGGCAAAACUGAAACGGGAAGCAUAAUGAAAACGUCUUUUUCAGUUGGCAAGACUUUAAGCCAGGGAUAACAACAUUAAUAUUACCUGUCCUGUUCCCAUGUUAAUUGUAAUUGAACCUGGAUAGCCACAUUUAUAGAAUCGGUGCUGUUGAAAAAUAGUAAUCUUUCAAUUUGUUGAUAAUGAAUAAGUGUGCAGGAUGAGGUAUUGGAUUUUUUUGUUCUUUGUAUAUGUCACAUCUGCUACAGAACAUGGCUAACCCAAGUUAACAUCUUUUACUGUAGACAGUGCCUAUAACACCAAAAAUUGUUUUUACCAUGGUAUAAGUAGUACCAAGAUUAUAAAAAUCAUUUUAAUAACAAAAUGUUUUUAAGCUAUUUACUGUGGCCCUCUGUAUAGACCUUAUUAACAGUGUUUUAAUGAUCUGGUUCCAGUUUAUCUUGUUCAGCUGAAAUUCUGUACCGCAAAUGUUCUGUCUGGUUCCAGUCCAUUGGAUAAUUAGUAUUUGUGAAGUAAAGGAAAAUAAGAUGAGGGGGAAAGUCCUUCCCAGUUCAAAUAGAGAUCUUCAAAGUUAUUUUUGUCUUAAUGUAAAUAACAAUAACUCUUUAAACUUGAUUUUCUCUCCCUCUUCAUUGUACUCUUCCCACAAAUUUAAAAGUUAAAAGUUCUAUUCAUCACUAGCAAGGUCAAUAAACUUUCACACUAAAACCUAACAAGAAGAAGUUAUAGGAUAUUUUAUAUUGAAUUCUUAUGUAGAAUUCAGUGCAUCACUUCCCAUGUGCUGAUUUACCAAGGCAGUUAUUUUUAGGGUGAAGAACCUUUUUAAUUAUGGUCCGCCAUUAAUACUUCCAUAGACAUCCCAUUCCUCAGGUUUGUUGAGAUAAAAACAUAGCUAAUAACCACCCAGUUAAGGAAAGUCAUUUCAAGUCCUAUGGACUGGAAAUUGUAUUUCUAAGAAUAUAUUACUAGCAAAUUUUACUAUAAUAAAAACAACUUGGCAAUCCUGGAGAGAUUUUAUAUUUUAAAACUGUGACUUAAACUAACAUAUAAUUUGCCUUGCAUCAAUAUAAAUUGUUAAAACCAAUUCCAGUUUAUAAUAGAUCCCUAGUAGAAGUUUUAACAGUUAAUCUUCAUCUUUCACAUCCCAAAUAGAAUCAGUGUUUCAUGAAUAUGUAUUUUUGAAAUUUAUUUGUGCAAUAUAUUACUAAGUUCAUGUUUUAUUUUACUUUUCAAAUUCAGAGAAAGAAAGUAUUACAUGGAGAAGCUAAUAUUGGUGGAUCACCUCCUUUUUUCCACCUUUGAGCCUUUCAUGUCCUCCUUGUAACCAGUGACUUCUCUUAAUUCAGAUUCCUUUGUAUAUAGUAAAGUUUAGAAUAUAUAUAUUUUUUCUUUUGCUACUUUCUGAGGCAUUAUGUAAAGUGUCAUACUGGGUCGUCAGUUAAAUAUAUGUUAGCAUGAAUUCAAAACUAGAGAAAGUUUUAAGGGGGGAAUGUGUGUGUCUUCGUAGACCAGGAGGCCUUUCCCAGCAAUUAAAGCAACAGGUGUGAAUACUUCACAAAGCUGUGAAGACUAUUGUCUUAAAUACUACAGUAACUUAACAACCUUUUGUGAAGACCAUAGCAUUUAAUUAAGAAACUUUGAGGCUUUCUAGUUUACAUAUAUUUUAUAGUUUUUUGUUAGUUUGAAAUGUUAUAUAAGCUUUGAUUUAAAGUUUGCUUUAGUAUGUUAAUGAUGUAGUCAAAAUAUUUAUUGAAAGACAAAGUAGAGUAUUUUAAUGUUAUACCUGCCAUUUUUUUAAAAGCACAUUUUUUGCAUCUAACUGCCAGUGCCAUUGUCAAAACUUGUUUUUAAAAUUGUACAUUUCUUAUUAAACUAAGUGCUUAAUUUUAAAGUAUUAUGUUGCCAUUAUAUAGUGUAUAAAAAUGUAUAAUUGCCAAUUCAUUGUAACUAUUAUUUAUUUUUAAGUGAAAGAAUGCUUUCUGAUUCAAGAAAUUUGAGUUAUUAAACUGUCGUUAUCCUCUUUUCUAAUGUAGCAUAAAAAUUACUGAGUUUGAGUUAUAAUUGCCAGUAAGUAGAUGACCAGUCCAAGUGAACCACUUCUCAGUUGCCAGUCUUUGCUCAUAUUAAAAACAACUUAACAAAUGUUUAGUUUUUGUAUCUAAUCUCUGAUUAUUAAAUUGUUUAUAAAGUUUAUUUUUACCAAAGAGAUGAAAUUCAUUAUGAUAAAGUAUUACAGAAUAAACCUUGUUUUAUAACAUA